GGCCCAGCCCAGUUGUUGGGCGAACAGAGAGUCGUCUUGCUCUACUCUAGUCGUUCGGUCUUCACUCGACAAAAGGUGAGGGAGUGCAGUCCGGGGACGGGAGGGAGACCAAUCGGAGCUGAUGGAGGCAGCGGCGGCGCUGCCGCCGGAGAGGGAUACGUCAGCGGACUGGGGAGAUGGCGUGGUACCGCUAGGUUUCCGGGUGAAGGCAUCCUCUCGCGAGUCGCCGUCACAGAAGGCGGGGAACGUGCUGGAGGCCGACCUGCGCUCCCACUGGGCCACCGCCACCAACACCAAGGAAUGGAUCCUCCUUGAGCUCCAGGAACCGUGCCUCCUCUCCCACAUCCGCAUCUACAACAAAUCCGUCCUCGAGUGGGAGCUCACUGCCGGACUGCGAUACAAGCCCGAUGCAUUCGUCAAGUUGCGCCCCCGCUGCGAGGCCCCCAAGCGCGACGUCGUCUACCCCGCCAACCACACCCCUUGCCGCUACCUUCGCAUUUCCUGCCUGCGCGGCAACCCCAUCGCCAUCUUCUUCAUCCAACUCUUUGGCAUCCCCGUGCCUGGCCUCGAACCUGAGCUCCAGCCACUGCUCAGCUAUUUACUCCCGCAAAUCACAUCCUCCAAACAACCCCUUUCUCACAACAUGCACCUCCAGUUGCUUAAAGAUAUCUCCACCAGGCUACCUCCAUUUCUUCCCCAAAUUGAGGCUGACCUUAAUAGUGUCGUGGACACCCCAGAAAGCAGCGUGCGGUUCUUGGCUCUACUUGCUGGUCCAUUUUAUCCUAUCCUUCACCUUAUAAAUGAAAGAGAUCCUACCAAAUCUUUGUUUGGUUCUGCUGAUUCAGAUGCCCUCAGAACUAGUCCAGCUUCUACUCCAACAGUUUCUUCAAACUUUGAGGCACAACCAAGGAGAUCACGGAGUCCAUCUGUUCAGCCUGCUUCAUAUUUGCUGGCAUUUCGAUCUGAAACAACUAUGCUCCUCUUAAGGAAAGCACAUAAAGACAAAACCCUUGGAGUUGUUUGUGUUCGAGCAUCGAAGGUAUUGCAAAAACUGUUGGAGCCUGAGCCAUUUUUAGACAAAUCGAUGUAUACUGAUGUCAUGCUACCAAACCAAGUCUCUGAUGAAAUUCCUAAAAGCGAUGCUCUCAGCCUAGUACAUUCUACAGACUACUCCAGUAUGUUUGGAGAGGAAUUUAGCCUGUCAGAGAAUCAGUUUGAUGGUUCAUUACUGAAUAUUUUGGAUAUUGCUGCUGUGGAAGAAGGCAUUCUUCAUGUACUAUAUGCGGCUGCAUCACAGCCUAUGCUAUGUCGCAAGCUUGCUGAAACUACUUCAGACAUUUGGUCUGUCUUACCACUUGUCCAAGCUCUACUUCCAGCACUUCGUCCUCCAAUCAGUUCUGGUCCUAUUGAACAUAUUGAUGAUUCUUUUAGCCAAUGGAACCAUCCAAACAUUCAGAAUGCUCUCUCCCAGAUUGUUACAAUGUCAGUAUCGUCAUCAGUUUUUCAUCCUCUUCUCAGAGCUUGUGCUGGUUAUCUUUCAUCCUACCUUCCAUCACAUGUAAAAACGGCUUGUGUUUUGCUUGACUUGUGUCGGGGGGCAUUGUUAUCAUGGAUACCAAUGAUAACAGCAAAGGUAGAUCUCGCAGUUGAACUUCUAGAGGAUCUACUAGGUAUCAUCCAGGAAGCUGGCCAAUCUCUUGCUCGUUCACGUGCAGCACUGAAGUAUGUUGUAUUGGCAAUUUCUGGGCAUAUGGAUGAUGUGCUCACAGAAUAUAAAGAAGCCAUGCAUAAGUUACUUUUCGUUCUGGAGAUGCUAGAUCCUUUUAUUGAUCCAUCUACAAGUGCCAUGGAAGACACAGUAAUAUUUGAUGGUAUCUCUGCUAUAUAUUUGGAAAAGCAAUCAAGUGUAUAUGAUAUUGCCUUAAAUAUUAUCCAUACAGCAGUAAAGAGAGCUGCUGUUCUCCCUUCUUUAGAACUUGAAUGGCGACGAGGAGCCAUUGCCCCAAGUGUAAUUCUCUCUAUCUUGGAUCCGCACAUGCCUCUUCCUCCUGACAUAGACCUCUGCAAAAGUUCAGUGCAUGAGAUUGAUAAAGUGCCUUUGGCUGUUUUGGAUAAUCAUGCACCACAGCCAUGCAACCCAGAAAAUAUUGCUGGGCGAGAUGCAUCUGAAACAACUAUUCGUCCUGAAAAUUUUGAACAGUGCAGCUUUCUGUUUGCUCCUGAAGAAUUAAACCAAUCUGAGUUGACUAGUCUUUAUACCUUGAAAGGAAAAGGCCAUGAUGUAAUAACUCAAACAAGUCUGAACCAUGACAUUCCUGAAGGCAGAAGUAAAGAGAAACUAUCAUCUGACCCUUUCCUGCUAGAUAAUGUUGUUGCAGCUGAUUAUUUUGAUUCACAGGCUGAUUAUCAACAGCUGGAAAACUACCAGGACUGUGAGUUAAGAGCUCAAGAAUUUCAUCGCAUAGCACUCAACCUAUGCAUGCAACAAGAACCAACAUUAGAAGGGCAUAAUGCUGGAAUUGAUGCUUUGCUAUUAGCCGCAGAAUGUUAUGUUAAUCCAUUUUUUCUAUUGGGAUUCCAGUCUAAUUUAGAGCCUCUGGACAAGAUUGAACGUAUUCAUUCAGAGUUGAUGCAAGGGAAUGCUUCCUCUGUAUCAAAAAAUUUGCACUUGAAAGAUUUCAACAAAAAAACAAUCUACAAUUUGGAGAACAAGCGUGAUAGAUCUGUUAUAGAUUUACUCCUACAAGCCGCCAGAUUUGACUUUGAAUAUCAUGGAAAGAUACCUGAAGGGGAACUAUAUCCAAAUAUUGCUGAAGAUGGCAAGCGAUCUGUAGAAAUCUCACCUGAAGCUCUUCAGUUUGCUGAUGCUGUAACUUUGGUCCGAAAGAACCAGGCUAUGCUGUGCCACUUUAUUAUGAAGCAAUUCCAAAGGAAAGGACACUUGGGUAGUGAAAUUCUUCUCCAGAGCUUGUUGUUCCUGUUGCACUCAGCAACUGAUCUAUUUUGUCCACCAGAGAAUGUAGUUGAUAUAAUUUUGAAGUCUGCUGAAAGCCUCAAUGAUCAGCUUACAUGUCUUUACAGUUUUUUUAGUGCAGGGAAUAAGAAAUUGGAUAGGAUAAAAAUACAUGGUCUAAGAAGACGUUGGAUGCUUCUCCAGAAACUGGUUCUGGCUUCAUCAGGCAGUGAUAGUACUAGAGAACUUGCCAGAAAUAAAAGAGAUGGUUUCCAUUUUAGAAGUUUAGUCCCUCCAUCAACAUGGAUACAAAAGAUAUCUGAUUUCUCCAUGUUUUCUAGCCCACUCCCUCGAUUUUUCGGAUGGAUGGCAGUGUCUUGCUAUGCCAAGGAAUAUUUAAAUGAGAAGCUGUUUCUUGCUUCUGAUUUCUCACAGCUUACAUCUUUGCUAUCAAUUUACAUGGAUGAACUUUGUUUGAUGGAUGGAGUUGCAAUCCCGAAAGUCAGGUCUGCAAAAGGUGAACAAUUUAGUUGUACGGACUUGUUUCUUAAAAAGGAAACUACUCUGUCAGACCAACCAAGCAUGACCGAACAGUUUAAAAUCUUACUUCCGGAGCUACAUUUCUUCUUUCCAAGCAUGGGUAAAUUGUUUAAUGCAUUUGGGGAGAGCAUCUUGGAGGCUGUUGGGCUACAGUUAAAAUGUCUGCCCAAUAGUGCAAUACCAGACGUCCUUUGUUGGUUUUCUGAGUUGUGCUUAUGGCCUUAUCUCGAACACAUUAAGGAGCAUCUUGUAGUUGCAAACGGAGUUAGUUAUAUAAGAGGAAGUAUUGCUGCUAAUGCAAAAUCAGUUGUCUUCUACCUACUUGAGUCUAUUGUUACUGAGCACUUGGAGGCUGUUAUUCCUGAAAUGCCCAGGAUAGUGCACAUUCUUGUGUCUCUCUGUAGAGCUUCUUAUACUGAUGUGGCCUUCCUAAAAUCUGUGCUAUGUCUAAUCAAGCCACUCAUCUCCUACUUCUUAAGGAAGGGAACUAAUGAAACAAAAGUACUGGGCCAUAUAAAGGAGGGCAGCAAUUUUGAGUUGCUUUGUUUUGAAGAAUUGUUUGAAAUUGUUCGCUGUGGUAAAGAUUCGGUGGAUACAACUGAAGAUAAUAUUCAGGCACCGUUGGUCAUCUUCAUUCUGGGAUCUAUGUUUCUUGAUUUCUCAUUUGAGAGAAGGAUUGAAAUGUUAGGCUCCUUGUUAGUAUGGAUUGAUUGCAUCAGUUCCGAUCCACCAUCGUUAUUAUGCAACUAUCUUCAAGGUUUCCAGACACUUCUAGAUGGUUUUGAAGCUGUGCUAAUUCAAAAUAUUGAACUACUUGGUGUCGGCAUCCUUUCUGCGACAAACUCGUCUAUAGAAUCUUCUGAUUCCUUGGGCAUUGAUGGCACUAUGCUACUAGAGAAGAAGGCACAAGAUAAUGAAGAACAAACACUAAUGAAAUCCGUAACAUACUGUGAGAACGAUGGAAAUCAUAAGGGUCUUCGUAAUCUGCAUCCUAAUAGUAUCAUAGAGUUUUGUGGCACCCUGGAGAAGUUUAUUUUGCACCUUACUUCAUAUAUUGAGGAUAGUUGGAAAUGGCACCAUCAGUUGGCCUCUAGGAUCUCUUUGUCUAUGGCAAAGUGUUUGUUGUUUGCAAAAUUUUUGAAGUCCAUAGCGCAAGAAGACACAAUAUCUAGUAGCAGUGAGCAAGAUGUCGCUGUGAAAAUUUCCUGUGAGCUUGCACAAAAGCAUUGGCAAAGUGCUCUUGAAGGUCUAGGAGAUACCAUUUUGAUAAAUCAGGAAACACAGUUCUGGCAGGUGGCAUCAGCUAUGCUUGAUUAUAUAAUGGGGAUACCAAACGUCCUUGCUUGGGGUAAUGUUCUUAAUACUACAUGCUCUGCGGUCAAGCACUUCUGCUCCCAUGCACCUAGGCUAUCUUGGAGGCUGCAGACAGAUAAGUGGUUGUCAUUAUUAGUUUCAGGUGGAAUUGAGGGCUUCAAAAACAGUGAGAUCUGUUUGAUUGAUCUUUUCUGUACAAUGUUGAAUCAUUCUGAACCAGAGCAGCGUUUUGUUGCUGUACAACAGCUUGGGAGGAUUAUUAACUCAACAAGUUCUACUGAAGCUGAUUUGAAAUAUCCAAACUAUGACCAAAAUUUCCUCAUAUCUGUUUCGACAGUAACAUCCCUUUUGGUAACUCAUACAUGGGACAGAGUAGCAGCAUUGGCUCUCCAUGACUCUUCUAUGCUAUUAAGGAAUCAUGCAAUGGCAUUGCUUACUGAAUAUGUGCCUUUUGUUGAUAGGAAGCACCUGCAGUCCUUCCUUUCAUCCAGUAACGGUAUCCUGACUGGUUUGGGACAACUUUCUGGUGUAAUUGAAGAGGGCUAUUUUACACGAAUGUCUUUGCUGUUGUUUUCUAAGGCAUGUCUUUAUUCUAAUCCUGAAGAUAUCGCUUUGAUACCUGAAUGUGUUUGGCAGAAGUUGGAAAACAUGCAAACAUCAACUGGAGGUUUUGGAUAUAUGGAGAAAGAUCUCUGCCUAGCUCUGUGCCAACUAAAAAGUGAAUCAGAUGCUACAACUGUUGCAAAAGUUCUUUCUGGAUGUAAUAGUCAACCAGUCAGCCCUGAUUUCAAGAGCAUCCGUGAAUCAAUCCUUCAGGUGAUGUCCUCUUUGAGUUCUAUUGAAGCAUACUUUGAGUUCUUCGCAGCCAGAUCUGCACAAGAACAUGAGGAACUUGAAGAAGCUGAGAUUGAAUUGGAGCUUAUUGAAAAAGAGAAGUCAGUUCCUAACUUUGUUGAGCAUACCAAUGAUACGAUGGUGCUUGCCAUGCCAUCAUAUGACCGUGAUGGUAGUGAGGUUAAUAAACGGCUCCAGCAAAUCCGGGAAAAUAUUCGGUCCCUGGAAAGGUCUAGGCUGAAAGAGGAAAUUACAGCGCGCAGACAAAAGAAGCUGCUUCUAAGACAUGCCCGUGAAAAGUACCUAGAAGAGACACGCUCCAGGGAAACGGAGCUUAUGCAAGAGCUCGACAGGGAAAGAGCUCUCGAGAUGGAACGUGAAGUAGAAAGGCAGCGUCAACUGGAUAUUGAGCGUGCAAAGUCUAGGGAACUGCAAUUCAACAUUGAUUUGGAAAAAGAGAAACAAACUCAGAGAGAGCUUCAACGCGAACUGGAGCAAGUCGAGUUGGGGCGGUCAUCAAGGCCCGCUCCAGGGAGAGGUACCGCGAAAGGGAUGGUGGAGGCAGAGCACAGCAGGAGGCGGGGAGCCUGAGGUCUUCGAGCAGCCGAGGCCAGGAGGGGGGCUCUGCCCAGGCGCCCGCACCGGCCGGGCCGGGCCCUACCGUCAUGCUCGCCGGGUCAAGGACGUUCUCGGGGGCCAACCUUCCAACGAUUCUGCAGCCUCGCGAGCGCGCUGCCGACGAGGACAGCGCUUGGGCCGAGGACGCUAGCAGCAACGGAGAUCCUGAACUGGACGGCGUGAGGCCGCAUGGGCCGCGAGGCAGCAGGUCAUCCUCCUCUAGGCAGGUUGCGGAGAGGAGGGAGCGGGAUGGCACUGCUGCCGGCACGGGCAGGAGAGAAGGGAAAUGGGAGAGGAAGCAGCACCCGUGACUAUUCCCUGCUUGUGUUGUGCCUAAGCCUAACGGAGGCUUCCUCAAUCGCGUUGUAAUUGUACUCGUAUGGGCAUUGGAUCAGGUGGCUGCUUAGUCAACGGUACCGUGCAUUGAUAAAAAGGUUGGAUCAUCGUAUGGGAACACUACCAAUCAGCUGCCUGCUCAGUCAACAGCACCAUUACCAUCACA